AUGGCCAGCAGCAGCAGCAACGAAGAUGAAUCGUCAUCGAUCGCACUGCAUGCCAUGCAACUAGCGACUUCAUCGAUCGUGCCCAUGGUCCUGAAAGCGACGGUCGAGCUGGGCGUGCUCGAGAUACUGGAGAGAGAAGGCCCGGACACCAUGCUCUCUCCUUCGCAGAUCGCUUCCAAGAUUCCCGUCAAGAACAACCCGGACGCACACGACACGCUGGACAAAAUGCUUAGCCUCCUCGCAAGCCACGCGAUUCUCAGUUCUGGUGUGAAUGCAUUCUCAUACUCAGGGAAGAAUGCCAGAUUUUCUGAGUUUUUCAAGGACUCCAUGAAAGAAUACAACGAGCUGUUCAUGUCGACGAUCUUGGAUGCCUACAAAGGUUUUGAAGGGCUCGACUCCCAGGUUGAUGUAGACAUGGGGAUCAAUUUCGACCUGGCAUCGGUUAUUGAGAAGUCGCCUUCUUAUCCAGACUACGACUUGCUACUGGUAUUGAGAACAUUGCAGGAGAUGUUUGUGAGUAUUCCUAAAAGAGAUGCCAUUUUCAUGGAGGUUAGUCUUAGAUGCUACAGGAAGUUUGCAGAAACAAGGAGCUAG